AUGUCUGAUCAAGGGUUAAACGAAACAAUGAACCACAGAAUCGCUCUUUUCUCUGUGACUUUAAUCUGUUUCUGUUUGAUUUUGCUGUUAAAUGUUUCUCUUGUGAUCAUCAUUUUAGAUAAGAAUCUCCAUGAACCCAUGUAUAUUCUAUUAUGUGCUGUUUGUAUGAAUAGACUAUAUGGAACAACAGGUUUUUACCCCAAAUUUCUGUUGGAUCUGCUCUCUCCUGUCCAUUUGAUCUCUUAUUCCAGCUGUCUGAUUCAGGCUCUGGUGAUACACUGGUUUACUUCCAGUGAACUUUCUAUUCUUGCACUUAUGUCAUAUGACAGAUACAUGGCUAUAUGUCGCCCCCUGCAGUAUCACUCUAUCAUGACAAAGAAAAGACUCUCUCUUCUGGUUUUCUCAUGGCUCAUACCUUUUAUCAUAAUUGGCAUUAAUAUUUUCCUAACAUCUAGACUCAAAUUAUGCGGCUCAAAUAUUUCCAAGCUCUAUUGUGUGAAUUGGGUUAUUGUUAAACUUGCUUGUUCUUCAUCUGACACAAUGAUUAACAACAUUGUUGUUUAUAUUACAAUAAUCAUUUAUUUUUUCAUGGUGUUCAUAUUUUGGUCAUACAUGUAUUUAAUCAAAACAUGCAUAAGUUCUCUAGAAAACAGGAGAAAGUUUAUGAAAACCUGUGUGCCACAUUUAACCUCCUUACUCACUUUUAUUGCAAGUGUAUUAUUUGAGAUAAUGUAAAGGUUUGGUUCGAAAAAUGUAUCCAAAAACUUUCAGAAUUUUAUUGCAAUAGAAUUUCUUUUCAUUUCUCCAAUUAUGAAUCCUCUGAUUUAUGGUUUCAAAUCUGUGCUCCGGCUUCGUUCCUCUUCUAAAGACAUGGACGUUAGGUGCCAAGAGGGCAAAAAGCUUUCCCCAGGGUUGGAUCGCCCCAGGGAGGAGCUCAAUGGCACAAACAAAUUAGCGGUGAGGCAACAAAGACUUAGCUUAGGGUUUACUGAAUACUGGUACAAGAUCAUGAUAGCAGGACAGUACCUGGAUAGCCAGCGCGAUGACCUCAUUGAGAUCUUCAGGAAGGUCAAUGGCGACUAG